AUGUUUCGCUCAGCCUCUAGCAAAUUUACAAAAACUAUUUUAACUAAAAGAUCAUACGCUGAUACUAACAGAACAAUGUCCUGCACACUUAAUGAAAGACCUGCCACAGAUAAAUUGAUUGAGGACAUUGCUACCUACGUUCACAAAAAGGAUAUUACUUCUCCAGUUGCUAUUCAAACUGCUAAAUGGUGUUUGUUGGAUACUUUGGGAUGUGGCCUUGCCGCUUUAAAUUUCCCUUUGGCUAAAAAAGUAAUGACCCCAGUAAUGCCAGAACAGUUAACUCAAAUUCCAUGUGGCGCAAAAAUUCCAGGAACAAAUUGGUCUAUGGACCCUGUUAAUGGAAGUUUUACUUUCGGUACAAUGAUUAGGUGGUUAGAUUUCAAUGAUUGCUGGCUUGCUUCUGAAUGGGGCCAUCCUUCAGAUAAUCUUGGUGGUAUUUUACCGGUAGCAGAUUAUAUUAAUCGUAAUCUGAAGGGUCAAGGCAUGCCAUUAACCAUAAAUGAUAUUUUGCAAUGUAUGAUAAAGGCCCAUGAAAUCCAAGGUGUGUUGGCUCUAGAUAAUUCUUUUAAUGCUCACGGUUUGGACCAUGUUUUACUAGUGAAAUUAGCCACUGCUAGUGUUGUAUCCAAAUUAUUAAAUCUUACUCAAGAGCAAACUAUACAAUGUAUUUCCCAUGCUUUAGUUGAUGGUCAAUCUUUAAGAACUUACCGUCAUGCACCAAAUACUGGGUCUCGUAAGUCUUGGGCUGCUGGUGAUGCUGUUUCUAGAGCAGUCAAAAUAGCAUUUAUGGUCAAACAAACCAAGAGCCAAUUAGGUGAUAUCCCAUCAAUCUUAUCUGCUCCAAAGUGGGGGUUUUAUGACGUCUUAAAUGACGGUAAACCGUUUAUCUUUAGCCAACGUAAAACCUUUGAUUCAUAUGUUAUGGAGAAUGUUUUAUUCAAGAUCUCCUUUCCAGCAGAAUUCCAUGCUCAGACUGCUGUUGAAGCUGCUUUGAUUGUGAAAAAACAAUUAGAUUCAAUGGGCAAAACUUAUUCUGAUAUUGAAUCCAUCAUAAUUAGGACCCAACAAGCUGCUAUGGAUAUAAUCAACAAAUCUGGUCCAUUACACAAUUAUGCUGAUAGAGACCAUUGUAUUCAAUACAUGGUUGCCAUUCCUUUAAUCUAUGGAGAACUAAAGGCAACCCAUUACAUGGAUGAUAUUGCAUUAAGUAAUCCAGAUAUUGACAUUUUAAGAGACAAGAUGGAAUGUAAAGUUGACAAGCAAUUAACUAAAGAUUAUCAUGAUCCAAAGAAACGUGCAAUAUCUAAUGCAUUACUUGUGAAAUUGAAGGAUGGAACAAUUUUAGAUGAAGUUUUAGUUAAUUAUCCAAUUGGACACCAUUUAAGACGUAAAGAAGGGAUUCCAUUAUUACUACAAAAAUUCACUAAUCAUUUGGAACAACAUUUCAAUAAAUCUGAACGUACCUCAAAUAUCUUGGAUAUAUCUUUAGGGGAUAAAUUUGGUGAAAUGCCAGUUGAUGAAUAUAUUGAUAUGUAUGUUAACAAAUGA